AUGCCCCACAGUUCCGACAGCAGCGACUCCAGCAGCUUCAGCCAGUCUCCCCCUCCCAGCAAGCAGGACUCUUCUGAUGACAUGAGGAAAGUCCAGAGGAGGGAGAAGAAUCGCAUCGCUGCCCAGAAGAGCCGCCUGAGGCAGACCCAGAAAGCAGACACGCUGCACUUGUCCAUCCUGACGUCCGCUCCACCGCCCCCAGAAGUGCUUUACGCCACGCAUUCCUUCCACCAGCCCCACAUCAGCUCCCCACGCUUCCAGCACUGA